AUGUAUUGGAUGAGUAAAACUAGGAUCCCAAUGAUAGCUGAUCGUAUGACUAGAGAUCGUUUUUUUCGGAUAAGGACUAACUUGAAACUAGUGAAUGACCUUGAUGUCGAUACGGCUGCCAAACAAAAUAAGUUUUGGAAAGUGCAACCCCUAAUUGAAACGGUACGAAAAGCUUGCCUAGAAAAUCCCAGACCUCAAGAAGUCAGCAUUGAUGAACAAAUAAUACCAUUUUGGGGCCAAGUAUCAAUGCGGCAGUUUAUCAGGGGAAAACCAAACCCUUGUGGGCUGAAGAAUUUCGUUUGUACCAGCCCGGGUGGUAUACCCUUAGAUUUUUUCUUGUAUGAGGGCAAGGGUGAUAGCAUACUACCGACUGGUGAAACUGAAGGUCUGGAUAUUGGCGGGAAAGUCGUAAUGAGAUUGGCUAAUAAUUUACCUGAGGGUUCCAAGCUAUACAUGGAUAGAUAUUUUACAUCAAUUGAGCUGUUAGGCAAACUAUACACAGAGAAAAAAAUGCAAGGAACUGGCACUCCCAAGCAGUGA